CCCUCUCCCACAAGGUGCUUCAGUGAACCGCUGCUGCUUCAGUGUUUUUUAAAUCCUCACGAGUUUCCUGCUUCACAACUCCAACCUAUAUGUCUCGAAAAACAUCAGCGAUCUUCCCAUGUGGGUCGUGUUUGCCGGUGUGAUGGAGAGUAGAUCGUUUGGAGGCCUGAAUAAGGAUCUCCAUAUAUAACCCUCCAUAUUAUCUUGGAUUCUGUAUCAUAAAUAGGUCUUCCCCUUGGCCAGACCUUGGGAAAAGGAUGUGGAUGAUGAGUGUGCCGACUCCUGGUUGACUUUGAGCCGCUGCGGCUGGUGGCCAGAUGUGGAGACACUGCCCAUCGCCUGGCCGCUCACGCUCCUCCUAGACCUUCUUUUUAUCUGGUCUGUCAUGAAGUUCAACCUGGUCCGGCUGUUUAGCUCACCUGGCUUCAGGUAUUUGUGAUUUUGGAUAGUUGGGUUUAUUAAUCCUGCUCAUGAAUGGAGUACUCUGUGGUGGAACGUAACUAUUUACAUUAAAUCAAGUAUAGGACUUAAGUACAGUUUUGAGGUACUUGUACUUUUGUGCUACCUCAUUCAAAACAAUUCAGAGGCAAAUAUUAUGCUUUCUACUCCACAAAAACCUGGUGCUGUAUGUUUCUGCAGCUCUUUAAUGUUUUCACCCCAGUGAGCUACAUGUAACGCUGCACAGGAGUCUCUGUUUGGUUCAAACCCCGGUUUUGGAGUCGCGGUUCUGAGAGAGUUAAAUAUAGCAGAAACAAAAACAAAUGCUUAAAGGAUACGUUUCUUUCCAUUUAUUUUGAGCAGACAGUAGUAGAGAGCCAAAGACGGACACAGUCCUCAUGCUUGGAUCUGAAGUAGCAUUUAGUCGACUGGCUACUUUGGUAAACUAUUUUCAUGAAAGUAAGGAGCAUUUCAAACACUUCUGUAUUACGCUGUACAGAAAUGGAGCAAACACAACAUGUCACAAUAGGCUUUACAACUGAAAAACACCUCUAAUGCUAUAAAGUUCAAUAUGCAAAAUACGUAGUAUAAUAAAAAUAUAACUUGUGCAUUAUGAGUGUUUCAAUAAGCUCCACGAUGGCUAUAUUAAAACACUGAAAGUAUACAAAACAUUCAUCCAUCGUCAUCUGGCUGAUGCCGUUGACUGUGCGUUCGCUUGUUGGAUGUGUUUCCAUGUUGUGACUGACUUUGCAUGCCAAUCAUCACGUGUCGCUCACCACGACCACCGUACCAUGACUAGUUAAUACGAACACAGGAGCCGUUACAGCCCUCCAGGGAGCCGAUAUUGGUCAGUAGUCGGGCUGAUUUGACACGUUUUGAUCCUCGCAGAAGAGGUUAUCAUGUUAAUCUACUACAGUUACCGUGGUGAUAACAGUGAGUCAGCGUCACGAUACCAGAAAUGUACAGUGAGCUACUAUAGCAGCUCUAUAGAAGUGGACGGGAUGACCUGGAUUAACUUGUCUGUUCUCCUCACCAGCAUGUCUUGUUCAAGCUCCACAUAUUUUCCAGGCAUGUCAGGGUUCAGCAUAUAUGACUCGCCGAGGAAUCGGGUAUUAAAGACGUUUGCUGACUCUCAUGGAAAUGUAGUGUGCAGCUGGACAAAAUGUCAGUCUGGUUACACAGCUCGUAGUCUGGUUGGCGGGGGGACGUGUGGAGUAUUUACGGUGGUAUGAAACCUGCGUUUUAAUAGAGGCCAGGACAAAUGGUUUUCAUUACUGGGCUUUUAUGAUUGCAGAAGUGAACUGGAGAAGCAGACUUUAAAUCUUUUUUUACAUGUGAGGGGGUUCUAAAGAUCACUGUAGCUCUGGAGUGAAAGUUGAGAAUAAGGCUGCAACUCAUGAUUAUUUUCACAAUUGAUUAAUCUGAAUAGUUGUCUUAAUUAAUUAAUUAAUUGGUAAAAGGCGCAAGAUACGAGAUUGGGAGCAUUUCGAUUGCCUCUCAACAGCCCUCAUCAUGGCCAGGCCUGAGCUGACAGCUUGUAGCUAACGGUACAAAACUACGGCAAACCUGACCGAGCUAACGGUGUUCACCUGACAGGGAACCAGAGGGUGGGUGCUACGCUUCUGCUUUGUAUCCGAUUCCCAUGUGGUAUUGUUCAUACAUAGCUACUGCCACUUGCAUAUCUAGACCUAUGUUUUUGGCAUUGCGUAUAUACAUCAUGUUUAUUGAUGCACUCUUUGUUCUGCACAAUAAUUUAGGGAUCUGGGGAUAAAUAAAGUGCUGUCCUGUCUUACAGGCCUAUUCAACCUGCUUGUUUUGUCUUAAGAUACAGUCCAAAACCUGAAGGUGUUCACCUUGAUAUCAGAGAAGGCAAAGAAAUCCUGUAAAUAUUCAUUUUUAAGAGGCUGCAACCAGCAAUUUUAUUUAAGAAAUGACUUGAAAAUCAAAAUAGCUGCCAAUUUAUUUCGUCUUGAUCGAUUUAAUCGUUUAAGCUCUACAUGUGAAGGUCAUUUCUCCUGGCGCGGCACAAGCAGCGAACAUAGUUCACAAAGCCACCGAUGGCUCGCCGUCUUCAGCUCCCGACUUCCUAAUGAGGUCCGACUGAGCCGAGGCUUCAUGCAAAUUAACACAAGAGGCCUCCACCGACACCGCCGGGGUGUUUACGGCCCCGGCUUUAAACCCUGCACAUCUCCUCGCCGAGGCCCGAGUGUCACAUUUCUUGUCGGUGGAUUAGCUCUCCAUCGUGUCGUGGAGCCGUGGCCAUCAGUGCCCAUUAAACUGUCGGCCCCUCAAUGGAGGUUUGUGCCCCUCGAGUCUGAUUUACAACUCUAAUUCAGAACUUCCCAGAUAUUUAGUUCGCUUCAGCCGUCGUGACCACAAACAACCGUUGACCAUCUGCUACUGGAUCGUUGGUUUCUGUAUUUUUACAUGGCCUGUCUGCUGGUUAAUCUUCUCAACUGUUUGUUUAGUAAUAAGUAAUAGUCGAGAAAAAUGUCCCAGAGCAAAAGGUAACGUCUUCCAAUCACUUUGUUUCUUUGAACUUGGUAAUAUUUGCUAGAAAAAUGACAAACUAUUCAUAUCUUAUCAAGAUAGUUUCUGCUAAUUUUUCUGUUGAUCAACUGAUCAAUUAAUCAGCAAAGUGUCUAAUCUUUAGAAACUAACCAUUAUAAUGUCCCAGAGCCCAAUGUGUAAAUCACUUGUGGUCUUACAGUAAAAUGUAUUCAGUUUAGGGUCAUUUGUUAAAUAGAGAAGCAUCAAGUCCUUUACUUUGACAAGCCAGAACCAGAUCAUUUUGGGCUUAAAGAUGAAUGUUGAUUUUCAGUCGGCUAAUUGGUUAAUCGACUAAUCGUUCCAGCUCCGGUCUUUUUUGUUUUGAUGAUUUUGUUCUUUGUUUUCGGAGGUUAAGGCACUUCCUUGUUGUCAUCUUACAUGAUCACGACAGGAGGAACUGCAUGUUUAAAACAAAAAAAGAUGCGCGACGUCCUGCUUUACAUGUUGUUUGCAUUGAAUUUCAAAUCAGUCACAUGUUGAUCCAGUCCAGUUCUUUCCACUUAGUUUCCAGGCAAGUUUCCCACACAGGUGUUUUUUAUUGGCUCUUGGCUCUCUUUAUGUCCACAUUACCGUUGAGUUGGGGAAGAUCCUCACUUGAGGAGAAAGUGGAUGUCGGAGGGAGGUGACGAUAAGGCUUUUAUGUUGAGUUAUCCUCAUUUGCCUUGUGUUAGCUCCAGGGGACCAUGUGACCGGCUCUCAUUCAGGUCAUGUCGGCCUGUUCAGCCUUUGACCCUCUUAGAAGGGAAGCCGGUCCCUCAAUGUCCCAUUCAUGCCAUACAGAUGUCUGUGUGCGUUAACGUCUGACACAGCUGAGGUAUGACGAUCCCCUGACUGUCCUUCAUUCAUUGGCUAACUGUUUCUGUGCUGCGCUGGUGACAACAAGACCGAUUCCUCCAUCUAAAACAAUACUUACAUGCCUCAAUGAACAUUUGAAAUAGUUUUUGCUUGCUGUAGUAAUUCAUCUCUGUUUCCAGAAUGUUAACAAUCCUUUUCAAUUUGAGCUUGAAAAGUUGCUGUGUUGAUGAAAGCAACAUGCUGUAGCAACAGACUAGGGGAAUACAUCUCGAUGCACAUGAAGCGAGGGCUGGGCAAUGUGGCCUACACAUAAAAUCACGUGCUAUUUACAAUUUAAAUUCUUUUUUUUGUUUUUUCUUAAAAACAAACAAAUAACUUGGAUGCCUCUUGAAAAUAAUGUAUUUCAUCCCUUCAUGUUAAAUGUUGUGUAAUAGAGAUGGAGAGAUAUGAUGGAGACAGAUUACAGCGACUGUGUGUUGUUCCAUUCACAUCAUGUGUGUGCAACAUCAACGCAUUGUCCUCUUCUUAUACACAACCCUCCCUCUGUUGCUGUUGUAUCUGAUGGGAAACCAGCAGGCGGGUCUUACAGCCUUUUCAUUUGCUCUCGCAUUCUUCUUCUCACAAAUGCGAAACUACGAGAAUAUGAUCCUGCUGAAUCAAAUAAAUAAAGCAGGUGUUUUAGGCCGCCGUCUUGUGCCACACACUCUGUUUUGAGGUGCUGCUGCAAGAAAUCAAUCGUGCUGCUGCUCUAGAUUGGUGCAGACUUUAGACAAUCUUUACAGCAGAGAGGGUUUUGCUCGAAGUUGCUGGGGACACAAUGGGGUUUUUUGUGAACAAACUCCUUACUUUAAUUAAGUAAUAAAGAGUACAAUAUCUACCUCUGAAAUGUAGUGGAGGCGAAGUAAAGUACAAGUAUGUCAGUUUUGCACAUAAGUACAGUUUUUGAGUACAUGUACUUAGGUUGUUCUUCAUCUCUUACAUUGUUGGCACAUUGUGAGAUCUUUUAGUGACAGGAAGAAAGAUUACAUCAAGUAAAACGACGCCUCAUUGUACAUUUGGGCACCAGACUGUUAACGUAUCUUUUAAAACCAGUUGUAAUGGAUGCAGUGACGCUCCCAUGCAGGUUGUGUCUGUCUCCCAGCCACUAGGUGGACAGAGAUCAGAGGCCUGGCGAUGAGGACAGACCGGGCAGGACGGCCACAUGUGUUCAGUAAUAAGAGGAUAAAUCCUCACUUGACACAAGCUCGUUUGAUCUGGGUGAUUUUUGAUGUGAAGCUCAGUGUCUGUGGUGUAUUUUUUUUUUACCUUUGAUGUGGUUCAGUCUUUAUGACCUGUGCUGUGUUUUGUCUUUCGGGUUUCCGCUGAUUGUCCACGUUGUAUUAAUCACUGUGUUUUUGUUUGAACGCAGAGUUCACCGUCUCUCAUUUCAGCAGUGGUGGAAGAAGUAUUCAGAUCCACACUGUGGAAAUACUCCUCUACCCUGCAUUCAAAACUUCAGUAAAAGUAUAUACUGUAAGUAGUAUCGGCUAAAUGUACUUUAAAGUAAAAGUAGUCAUUGUGUCAGUGCUGAUUAUAACUCCUGUCGUAUACUGUUGGGUAGUUUAAUCUACAGAAAUGCAACAUAUUCUAUCAGGUCGUAAUGUGUUUGUAGCGUCUUUGUUCUGUGAGAAGCACGUACAAAGACAAGUCAACUUCUCGUGAUCUCAGAAAAGCAGCCCUGUGUUCGACUUUGUGACGAUGCGUUUUCAUGCUGAUCCAAGAGGGUUUUAAAAAAGUGUGUUUAGCUUAAGAAGUAUGAGAAUUUCUCAACUCGUAUACGGAACACUUAAUCCUUCAGUUUAUGAAAAACAUUCAAAAUCAACACAUCUGGAGAUGCCUGGUUUUCACUGGACAGGAUGGGCAUGAAGAAAAAAAGUGAAAUCUGUAAAGUAACUAAAGCUGUCAGAUAAAUGUGGUAAAAAGAACAAUAUUUGGCUGAGAUGUAGUUGAAUAUAAGUAAGACGUUGCAUAAAAUGGAGAUACUCAACUACACUACAAAAGUACCUCUGUGCUUAAGUGCAGUACUUGUGUACAUGUUCUUUACUCAAGUACUCCACUGCAUUUCUGCUGUGAAUCUGGGACAAACUGUAUACUCACCAAACUGGCUAGACUGCUUUGGUACAAUCUGAAUGACAAUAGCUUUAAACAACUGACAUUCAUGUGAGCACCCUGGGGCGCUUUAUUUUGCCUGUAGGAAGUCUGUUGUGGGGGCAAAAUCGGUUUGGGUCAGGUCUCUUGUCGACACAAUUAGGGUCAAAUUGAAAAAAGCUCAACUUUGACUUGAAUACAUAUAGAUCUGCUUUUUCCAGAGGCGGCAGUUGGGAUGUUUUUUUCUUCCAUUAUUACUUUAUCGUCUCAUCCUCCCACAUCCCCAAUACCCCAAAACCUGUUUUCCUCCUCUUGUUGUUGUUGUUGUUGUUGCCUUGGCGCCCAGUCAUUUUGUCAUCAGACUUAGUUUAGUGUGUCUGGUAUGUCUGAGCAUGAUGCGCCUUCAUUAACUAGGAGAGCAGAUGAGUCACACGGGGGGGGGGGGGGGGCCUGCAGCGAUCAGACACUCGUUUAGAAAGCCUCCGUGCUGCUGACCAGUUGAGACACGACACAGUUUAGUUGAAACAUGCUGCUGCUGUGAUAAUCAUUCACAAAAGUGACAAGGUGACCCUGGAGCUAUUUGAAUGAACAAAAUGUUAAAUAUCUCUUCUAAGAUGUGAAGAUUUAAUAAUUUUACUCUGUUAUAUAUGAUUGUAAACUGAAUAUCUUAUUGUGCGAGAGUAAAUUGAGUAUCUUUGUGUUUGAACAAAACAAGCUCUUAAAAGAGGUUUCAUUCAUUUUAAAUGCCAAACAAUCAAUCAAUUGAUCUACGAGAUAAUCAGCAGAUUAAUCAUAUUAAUGAAGGGUUGCAACGAACGAUUAUUAUUGAUCUGGCAUCUAGUUUUUAUUCAGUUAAUCGAUGUAAUCAAAAUAGUGAAAGUCCGCUAUUAUAGUCGAAAAACACCAAAUAUUCUGUUGAUAUUCAGAUGCAGAAAAUGAUGUUUGAGAAGUUUUAACCAACAAAUGUUUCGAAUUAUUGCAUGAAAAAUGACAAUGAUAAAAAUGAUAUAUAGAUUGAUUGAUUGAUUGAUAAUGGAAAAUAGAUGUUGCCUCAAAUUGUUUAAAUCAUUUUGCACAGCAAAGAUGCCAUUCCUCUUUUUCUAUUUUCUGCUGUUCACUUAUAUCACUAAAACCCAACCGAUACUUGAUGCUUGAGCCUGAUACUGAUAUCUCUUUAAACAUAAAUGCAUAACGUAAACAAACAAUAUUGAUAAGUCAUUUAAUCCUUGAUAUUUGCCUUUUUUUAAAAUUGACAUUUUACUGUGUAAAAAUCAACGUGUCAGCGCCCUCUGGUGGACAAACUAUGUCACAGUGCCACUGUUUUUAAAUGACUUUAAACCGCAAUAUCUACUGAUCUGCAGUAAGGUAAUACGGGCCGAUACGUUGGUGUCGCUCUACGUGUCACAUAUAGCAGUCCAACCUCAGCGCAGCCUCACAGGACUCAGUCCAACACGUAUUACCACUGUGAUUGAGGAAGACAAUCCUCUUAGCACAGAGCCUGCUUUCUUUCUAGGGCACUGAAUGGUUCUCUGCAGAAGUGCUGUCAGUUCAGCCCGGCUGUCGGAUAUCCUCUCUCUGUUAACUUCCUUUGUCUGUUACAUGGUAGGGUCUCUUUUGAAACACAACCCCCCUCUCCACCUCUUUAUGGGCCUGAGCCGGCAGCUGCAGGGUUAAUGUUUAGAAGCAGCAGCAGCACCAGCAGCAGAGGGGCAGGAGUUGUAGGAGGAGGAGGAGGAGGGGAGAAGGCGAGUGGCAGAGAGGUGGGGGCUGGUCCACAGCUGUUGUAGUAGGCAGGGUCUAUUGGGGUAGGAAGCCUGCCUCACUCGCCCUGGAACAAUGGGAGACAUGGCAGCCUCUGCAGACAGCACAGACACACACACACACACACACACACACACAAUGCACAUGCCCAAGGACAGGCCUUCUCUAGCUGAAGCGUAGAGGAAACCGGCUUCCUCGCCUCGCUCGCAGGGUGACGGCACUUUUAACAGGGAGGAAAAUAAUCUCCGCGGCAACAGCAGCCGGAAAACCGAAAUGUAAGGUUGUGUCCUUUCUGUUGCUCUCUUUCUUUUUUUUUUCACCUUUUCUUCUGGUGCCUUUCAUUCUGCUGUGAGGAGACCUUUGGAUGCGCCGACUGCAUGACUGAAAAGGCAGCAAGAGGAAGCUCCUUGGUUUUGUUGUUGGGAGACAGAGGUGCCUGACAGGAGACUGACUCCUCUUCAAGGAUCCUAACGAGAGCUGAAACUACAGAUGAGAACAAUGUCUGAUGAGACAGAACAGAGGAUGUGUGAUGAAGACUUUGGUUCGGACGAGGAAGGCGAGGAGGGAGACGUGGAGUCCAUUCUGGAGGACAACAGCAGCGAGCUCAUGGACCGACUGAGGGAGCUGGAGGCAGAAAACUCUGCUCUGGUGUUGGCGAACGAGAGUCAAAGAGAAGCUUAUGAGAGGUGCUUGGAUGAGGUGGCCAACCACGUGGUCCAAGCUCUGCUGAAUCAAAAGGACCUGAGAGAGGAGUGCAUCAAGCUGAAGAUGUUGGUCUUUGACCUGGAGAGACAAAACCGAGCGCUUUGUGAGCUCUUUCAGCAGAAACUGCCCAACCACCCCACUGCUCACUACCAGGUCCAGGCAGGACCCCUCCCAGACUACAAUGCACAGCUGCACAAUGACUCUGCCAAACAGGCGGAGCCUGCACAGACUGAAGCACAAGCCAAGGGAAAUGGCUACCGCACACAGCAUGCCUCCCCGGGCCCUCGUGGCCCUGCCGCCUCCAUGGAGGCCCUGUCUCCCUUCUUCAAGAAGAAAGCACACAUCCUGGAGGUACUUCGCAAGAUGGAGGAGACGGACCCUCUGAAGUUCCACCCGUCCACCGCAAGCUUGUCUUUCUGCGACUACAGCCAGGUGCUUAUGUCCACAGAGGCUGUUUUGGCCACUGCGGACCCCGUUCCACUACCCUGCAAAUCCCACCACACACACUGCCACUACUCCUGCUCUGACACUGACUCACACCAGCGGGUCAACGGCGACGGGGCAGUGAAGUGUGAAAUAGGGAACACCUGCUGUUUACACUGCAAGAAGAGCCCAGACAGUCCUCCAAAGCCAUGCAACCACGUCUGUAGUCCUUCAAAAGCCAACUCAGCCACCCAGAGCCAUGUAGUUCCUGCAGCUGCUACAAGCGAAUGUCACAGUAAGAACCGAACGGCGGAGUCUGUUCCCCCGUCUAAACAAUGCACCAAGAAUGAAGCCCACCAGCAACCAGCAGGCGCUACCGCCCACUCCUCAGUCACGGAAACAGCCGAUCAGAAUCUGGAGGUGAUGGAUGUGGAGCAAGAGCAGGAUAGCUCUGAGAGUUGUCUAAAUGCUAGUGUCUCUGAAGAGCUCACAGGUUUCUGUCCCACCUCCCACCUGCCCAGUUCUGUGAAGGAGAGCGCACAGAUCUCCCACUGUGACAUGGAGACGCUUGAUGGUGUUCACAACGGCGUCGAGCCUGCCAUGUCGAAUGACCCCUCAGCCGUCCCUGAGAAAGACUGCACAGAUCAGGAGGCUUCUUCUGUGAGAGCCAGUGCCACCGUCAGCCCCAGCACGUCGUGCCUCACUGACGUCAAAACCGCCGCCAUCAACUCGCCGUCCAAACUGCUCAAGUUCUUGAAGAUUCCCACGAUAGGGGAGAAGUCUCAACCUUCAACCUCUGCCGUCCGUCUGAGCCCCCAACUCACCCGCAGCUCCAGGAUCCCUUGUCGCACAAACAACUACGAGGUGUACCACUCGCCUGUUCCCACACGCAGAGCCACCACCACAGAGAGGUGCAGGCAGCCCCCUCCACCACCCUCCAGGUCUGAGUCCUACCCCGCCACACACUCGGCGCCAACCUCACCUCCUCAGCCUGAAGAGGUCUCCGCCUCGCCCGCUCAGGAUAUAAGCUACAGCAGCUUCUCUGCACCUAAAGCCAGUGCUGCUUCAAAGAUGGGAGCUCCUUCCUCCGCAUCCUCAUCCUCACCCAAAGUAUCUCAGAGGGUCCCUCAUUAUGAAAAUGUCUGCGUUAUGUCUACCAACUCCAGAGAGGAGGAACCAACCCAGGGCCUUGAAAAGAGAACCACACUUCCAUCCCAAACAAAGGUGAACGGGGGUGAGAGGAAGCUUGUUAAAUCGCUACCCGAAAGUGUCCUCAACCCUCCUCAAAGAAAGCAGUCGUCCUCGUCCACGUCAGAAUCCACAUCAGAUGAAGAAGAGGAUUCAGACAGCCCAGUGUGGGUUAACCACCACAGCUUGCCCAACACAUCCGCCAUCAGCAAGGUCGCACAGGGCAGAGCCAACUUCUCACAAACCAGAGAGAAUCCGGCGGCAGAUAUGAGGGAGAUCACUGUGCAGAGCUCUGAGGUUGUUCAGCAGCGGCAGCCGCCACCGCCACCUCCAGUCAGGAGGAGCGACUCCUCUUCCAUCCCCAAGAGGCCUGCGGCCGGGGCGCCGAGACCCCAGGCUGACUCCAGUCACCACGCUUUCAAAGACAGGCUGGCUGCGCUUGGAAAGCUGAGGAGCUCUGAGGAUUUACAAGUCAAUCUCAGGCCGGUCGACACAGUGAAUGAGGGCACUUAUGAAGAAGAAAGGAGCAAGGAGCCCAUGGAGCUCCAGAAAGAGGAGCAGAGACAUUCAAAAUACACAGACUCUAUGGACAGUAAACCUAGAGUUAUUAGUGGUGGUUUGAAGUACCCGGGUUCAUCUCAGCUGUAUGAACAGGCUGUAAAAUAUUCUGGUUCAGCGGUGGUUAAACAAGAACUGUGCGUGACCAAGACAGAAGUCUCAAAGAGUAAAAUUGGUCUGCCGUCCCCCAACACAGAUGCUCCACAGGUACUACGCAACAACAUUAAGUGUCCUGGCUCCCUGAAUCUGGCCUAUAACCUUAAACCAGGUGUUGGUCCUCACAAUAGCAACAGCCCCAACAAAAUUCCCCCAAAGUCGCCGUCCAAACCUUGCCAGGGCACGUCCGUCCACAGAGGGGGGAAGCCCUCAGAGGCCCCACGUUACUCGUCCAAAUCAGAAGAGAGGACCAAGAUCAGCAGCAAAGGGAAAAAGAAUCCCAUGUUUGGCGACAGCCUGCCGCCUCCUCCCCCGAGACCUCCAAUGUCAGAGGGGGAGAAGCCGUUGCCGCCAGUUCCCAGCCCACAAUCUGCCAUCGAGCAGAAGGUUAUGAAGGGUAUCGAGGAGAACAUGCUGAAGCUCCAGGUGCAAGACAGAGGAGGGCAGGGCAUCGAGGUCAAGCAGAAAGCCUCCAACGGCAUCGCUAGCUGGUUCGGCCUGAAGAAGAGCAAGCUGCCAGCGCUGAGCCGCAAGACGGACGUGACCAAAGCAAAGGACGAGAAGAAGGAGUGGAAGAUCAACAUGCCCUCAGUGGGCAGGGACUCUGUGAAAAUGGCCACCAGGUGUAAAGAAGGAGUGGAAGGACUGAACAUCUCGUCUCUGAUGGAGAAGGCAGAGGGGCUGAGGAGGGCGCUGGAGGAGGAGAGGGCGUAUGUGGAGCGGUCGGGGAGGGGUCACUCCUGUGAGGUGGUGAUGGACCCAGCUCAGGGACAGCUGGCUGUCAUGUACAGGGGAGCACGCUCUGACAACUUCAUGCAACAGCUGUUGAACAGAGUGGACGGGAAAGACGUGAUCAGCGUGCCCCAGCGGCGGCUCUCGUUCGAUUGUAAGAGCUCCAAGCCGGUGUUUUGUCAGCAGGGCGACAUCAUCAGUCACACCACCAGUCGUGACGAUAUGGAGAAGGGAUCAGACAGAAUCGGCAAGAUCACAUCGGAUGAAAAUCUUGCAGACUCGGUUCACUCUCAACACUUUGCAGGUUCUGGUGCUUCCACGUACACCCUGGACAGCGGCAUCGGUACGUUCCCCCUGCCCGACUGCAGCAGCGGUGCGGCAGGACGGAGCCUGUCCAAGACGAGGGCGGGGGCCGAGCGCCACUCUUCUGGCUCCCCGGGGAGGGCCGGCCGACGGGCCCGCACCCUAGACAGAGAGCCGACGUCCCAGGAUGAGUGCUACGUGCCUCACAAACAGCUGAUUCCUAGCAUUCAUUACGGCGCCGUGCUGGAGGGAAGAAGCUCCGUCGGCGUCAUACGUGAAGACAACGAGGUCUGUGGAGCGAACAUGUUUUCCCCUCGCUCCAAGACUUGGACCUUCCCCAACCUGAAGACACCAGCAGGACCUGCAGAGGUUUACCUGGCAGUGGAGGAGGAGGAAGAAGAGGAGGCCGUGUCCUUUGGAUCUCCAUUCAGAGGGAGCAUGAAGGCCGGCGGUCCCUCCUCCAGCCGGGUCAUCGACCCAGGCAGCUUGCCCGUCCCGGCCCAGUCGGGGAUGAUCCGCAGGGGGAAGACUCUGACUCCCAGCGUCCCUGAGAUGAGCAGGGAGGCCGGGCUGGAGCUGCUCCGGGAGCGGCCGGAGGAAGCUCUCUCCCCAAGCCGCCCUCAGGUCCUGGAGACCCCCGAGUCCCUCAGCGAUUCUCUGUACGACAGUCUGUCAUCCUGCGGAAGCCAAGGAUGAUCCGGCCGAGGAUUGGGGAGGACGGAGAGGAGCUCAUCUUUACCAUAGACAAUAAGACACAGCCCCGGUCUGAACAUGUCUCCUGGUUGCUGGCUGUGCUGUGAUGCUGCUGACCCACCGCCAUCUUUAAAGAAGAGAAACUGUGCUCUGUAGAUGUUCGCAAGCAUAUUGUGGUGAUGCUUUCUCAUCAGCUAUUUCUCUGUUGCAACUGGAAAGAGAUCAAUAGACUUCUCCUCAGGAUUUCCUAUUAACGUGAAGCCAAAAGUCCCCCACCCCCCCAAAGUCAUAUAGGUUGUUCACCUUUUUCACAAUCGGACUCUUCAGUGGACACUCUUUAAUUCAUGUAUAGAGGACUACAAAACGCAUGGCUAUGCUAAUGGUUAGCACAAAAGUUGUCACUCUUGGUAGUUGUUCAGCAACUUCGUCUUUUGUUUUGAAUUAUCUUGGUAGACAGAUCGUCGUGUGCAUCAAGGAAGAGCUGAUCAGUUCAAUAGCCGACGAUCUGCAUCAAUACAUCCAUUCUGUUCUGGACAUUUCAUCACAUAAUAUAUUGGAAAAAAAAAAAACAUCGAGCUCCUUCAAAAAAUGAAUGUUAAUGUCUGUGGUUCUUAAUUGCUUAACUCAUGCAUCACGAUUUUAAAUGUACAAACGAUUUUAUUGAACAUGUUGAUAUCGUUUUGCGACCGAUUGAAGGUUGUCAGAAAAUGUCUGUUUUAAAUCAUAAUACAUUUAAAGGUAAUAUAUACCAGCAAUAAUAACAUAGAUAAGAGAAAUGGCUACACUAUUCAAUGAAUAUGUAUUUCUAUUUAUUUAUUUUAAAUGUACAUCAUUUGCAGUCAUCUUAUUAUCUCUUUGUAAUCUUUCUGUGAAAUUGCAGUCUCUUCGCUUAGUAGAUUAUGUUCAUAUCUUGUACUUCAACAUCUCCGUUGCUGUUCGUUCCCUAGCCAAUAGAGGUCCUAUGUACCUACUGCCAUUUUUCAACUUUCUAAUUAAAAUGUUUUGAUUUACUUCUUCGUGUGAAGCAGUUAUUUUGGCCGGUCGAAUCAAUAGGUGGAAAGUGCAUUUACUUAAGCGCUUUCUUACAAUACACAUUGAGAAAUUGUGCUCAGAGUACACCACCAAUUUAGCAGAAACUGAUAUUGUAUCUAUUCAACGCAUUCCUUAUGUCAGAAACCUACAUUACCCAUAAUGCAACUCUCACACAGAACAUUUUGUUGGAUUGUUACACUAGUAGCAGCUAAUGCAGCAGUGAGCGGCACAGCGUUGUGGGAAGUUCACUUCUUUCAAACUCCAUAUUGAUUUAUCUAUAUUUAACAAUCUAGUAGUUUUGUGAGUUGCUUUGUUAAUCUUAAACUAAAGACGUCUCAUGUAGUGCAGUAAAACAAUAUUUUCCUCUGAAUUGUGGAGUAGAAACUACCGUAUAAAAUGGGAAUACCGUUUACGCAUUAUAAUUUUACUAACAAAAUAUACUUCUGAUCAUUGUGGUAAAUUAAACAUGUAGAUUGAACUGUGUAAAAAAACUAGAUUCCUGUACACAAUGCAUCAGUAAUAACCUCAUAACAGCAUUUUCAGCAGUAUAAGUGUGUACUACGCCAUGUACAUUUUGAUGAUACACUAAAAGUACUUUUAAAGGUAUGUAGAAUGUUCCUUUUAGCAGCAUUUUUGGGACUGCAACUUGUUUUUUCAUCAUUGAUUGAUCUUCUGAUAACAUUGAUUAAUCAUGUAAUCUAUCAAUAAAUGGCCAAGUUGA